CGAGAAUAUCUAAAUAAUUUUGUAUUCGAUUCCGAAACGUCGAUGUUGAAAAUACAAAGCAAAUAACACUUCAAAAUUAUUCAACAAAUUUUGAAUUCAAUAAUUUUUCUAAAUUUGUUUUACCCCUAAAAACCCGUAAGCAACGCGAGAUGUGUCUCUUCAGCUGUGUAGCGCGCGUUCUCUUUUACAUCUGCGGGACCAUUUUGCCGGCCUAUCACACAUUCAAGGCUUUGUCGAAUGGUAUGGAAAUGGACUUCGCGCCCUGGGCCAAGUAUUGGAUUGUGUAUGCCUUCCUCGCAACCUUCGAGGUGCUGGCCGAUAUGCUUAUUUCGUGGGUUCCAUUGUAUGCCAUCACCAAAAUGACGUUGAUAUUUUGGAUUGUUCUCACGGCGCCAUCUUCCAAUGUGUGGAUUUUUAAUUCGAUCCUGGGUCCACUACUCUUCAAGCGUCAGAAGCAGAUCGAUCACUUCUUGCAACGGGGCAAGCAGCAGAUGCUGAACGAGGUCUACAGGUGGGGAGUGCAGAUUAUCAAGCAAAGCCGUGACGCCGUGCUUCCCAUUUUCUUUCGCAUGCUGAAAAAACCCGGUGAUUCCAUUCAGAGGUCGCAAGAAUCCAAUGUUGCAGACGGUUUCGAGGAAUACGAAUUAACUGAUCAUUUUUCUGAUGACCGGGAAUCCGUCCCCAAUAUACAUCCUGACGCUGAAUCGGAAGAUUCAAGUCAGCCGACUUUAUCGGCAGCCAUGACCCACAUACCGUCUAAGAAUUCAUCCAGCGAGGUGGGCCUGAAAACUGGCUUGCCUAUGGAAUCGUCCGGGACCUUUCCUAAUCGCGGCCAUCGCAAGCGUUGGUCUUCUACAUUGUGUUCCUCUAACGCGAAGAACAAGGCAAACAUCGAUGAAAUUGAAGAUGGACCUGAAAUGGCAGCCCCGAAUCUCAAGGAUGAAGUUAACGAUGAAACAGAGGAUCUGCUAGCCAAGUCACGAAAGGAAGGCAAUGGUCGCACCUUCCGUCAAUUCAUAAAUCGUCGAGGCAGUAGAUUCUAAUCAGCUCACACCUUCUACGCUAUUCAAGAAAUUUACCUAGGAUCAAAUCGUCGUUUUCAAAAUAUGCGGUACUCAUUCAACCAAAACAAAAAAAAAUCAACUACACAGAAAUAUACAAAGUGAAUCAAAAGUUAAUAUUAAACUCACCGAAACUCGACGCUUUGGCCAAUGCAAUACCUUGGCGAUCAGGCUCAUCUCAACCACAUCCCUUUUUACGGCAUAGAGACGACACCGCGAAAAGUUUGCGAACAUUUCAUCAACAGCAAAACACUGGACAUUGGUGAAUUUGGCAAUACCACGGACCUGAGAAGAGCACAGCCGUUAUUUGAAAUAUAGCCAGAGAUGAGGAGGGCUCCAAACUUGCCUGGAUAAUGUGCCAAAGACCAAUCCAAAUAAAGAGGUGGCCCCACAAUGUGGCCAUAACCGAAAACAAAGAAAUACGCUUUAUGACUGAACCAAUCAGUCAUCAAAAGCGAAUGUGGUGUGCCAUCAAAUACCAAUUCAUGCGAGAAAUAAAGCUGAUAAAAAUC